AGCUUUCUACUUGUGUCCAAUCUUAUUAACUUACGUGGCGGGUACCCAACAAUACAUACAACAUGUGCGGAAUAUUCGCAUAUCUCAAUUAUCUGACACCAAAGAGCAGAAAGGAAAUUCUCGAGUUCCUGGUUGGUGGUUUAAAGAGAUUGGAAUAUCGAGGCUAUGAUUCCGCAGGUGUUGCACUUGACAGCGCCGAUGGCAAGGAUAUCUCAAUUAUUAAAAAGCAAGGAAAAGUCAAGGCUCUCGAAGAAGAGAUCUUUUGUAACACUAAUAUUGACUUCGACUCAAAGAUUCAUAGUCAUGUUGGUAUUGCACAUACUCGUUGGGCGACUCAUGGUAUCCCAUCGGAAGUGAAUUCACAUCCUCAAAGAUCAGACAGUGAUCAUGCUUUCGUGGUUGUACACAAUGGUAUCGUGACAAACUAUAAGGAAGUGAAGACGUUACUCCAGCAAAGGGGCUACAGUUUCGAGAGUGAAACCGACACGGAAGUAAUCGCCAAACUCAUUCACCAUCUCUGGGUGCAGCAUCCUGCUUACUCGUUUCGCGAACUGGUCGAGCAAGUUGUUCAACAAUUGGAAGGUGCAUUUGCUCUAUGCUUCAAGAGCAAAUAUUUUCCUGGCGAAUGUGUGGCAACGAGAAGAGGAUCACCACUUCUUGUGGGUAUUAAAACAAAAACAAGAUUGGCCACUGAUCACGUACCCAUCCUAUAUGGAAAAGAUCAUCGUCCGCAUGGCCGAAAUACUGAACUUCCGGUGAUACCACGCAGCGAGAGCACUUCCGAAUUUCAACCAUUGGAAGAUAAAGAAGUCGAAUAUUUCUUUGCUUCUGAUGCCAGUGCUGUGAUCGAACACACAAAUCGUGUUAUAUUUCUGGAAGAUGAUGAUGUAGCUGCCGUGAAAGAAGGUGCUCUUAGCAUUCAUCGACUUCGUCGAUGCAUGGAUGAUCCUCAUGCAAGAGAAAUUACUACAUUGAAGAUGGAAAUCCAACAGAUCAUGAAGGGUAACUAUCAAUAUUUCAUGCAGAAGGAAAUCUUCGAGCAACCUGAAUCAGUGGUAAACACUAUGAGAGGACGUUUGAAUUUCCAGGAUAAUUCUGUCACAUUGGGAGGUAUUAAAGAUUAUAUUCCUGAGAUCAAAAGAUGUAGACGGUUGAUGCUUAUUGGUUGUGGAACAAGCUAUCAUUCUGCUAUUGCUACUAGACAACUUUUGGAAGAAUUAACUGAAUUGCCAGUUAUGGUUGAAUUAGCUUCUGAUUUCCUGGACAGAAACACACCAGUAUUUAGAGAUGAUGUUUGUUUCUUCAUCUCACAAUCAGGUGAAACAGCAGAUACGUUAAUGGCUUUACGAUAUUGUAAAGGACGUGGAGCUUUAAUAGUCGGUAUUACCAAUACUGUAGGCAGUAGUAUUUGUCGUGAAUCACACUGCGGUGUUCAUAUAAAUGCUGGUCCUGAGAUUGGUGUUGCCAGUACAAAAGCUUAUACCUCUCAAUUUAUUUCCCUUGUAAUGUUUGCUUUGGUUAUGAGUGAGGACAGAAUUUCUCUUGGUAAUAGACGUCAACAGAUUAUCGAAGGAUUGAAGAAUUUGGAUAAUCUUAUUCGUAAAGUUCUUCAACUUGAUAGUAAAGUCAAAGAAUUAGCAAAAUCUUUAUUCCAACAUAAAUCCUUAUUGAUUAUGGGUAGAGGAUACAAUUUUGCGACAUGCAUGGAGGGUGCUCUCAAAGUUAAGGAAUUGACAUACAUGCACAGUGAAGGUAUUAUGGCAGGCGAAUUGAAACAUGGUCCUUUAGCACUUGUAGAUGAUUCGAUGCCAGUGAUAAUGAUCGUUAUGAGAGAUCCAGUUUAUAUAAAAUGCAUGAAUGCUCUACAACAAGUUACAGCACGAGAUGGUAAACCAAUUGUUAUCUGUGAAGAAGGAGAUAAUGAAACGAAAAUGUUUGCAGAUAAAGUUCUUGAAGUACCUAAGACAGUAGAUUGUCUUCAAGGAAUUCUUACCGUUAUUCCAAUGCAACUUUUAUCUUUCCACAUCGCAGUUCUUCGUGGAUGUAAUGUUGAUUGUCCAAGAAAUUUAGCAAAAUCGGUCACGGUUGAAUAAAAUUUCAUUUGAAAACAUGAGGGAUUUAUUUCAAAUAUUGUUAUUGUUAAAUAUUGAAUUUGAAUUGAAUUUAAAUUAUAAAAAAUAACAAUACGGCAGAUAAUUUUCGAAAUAAUAUGAAAUUGUUAUCGAUUACAUUUUGAUACGUUUCUAAAUACUAAAUAUCGUAUUAAAAUACGAAUGAGAUAAAUGUAUUGUAUUUAUUUCUUAUAUUUGUGAACCUGUUAAAAAAUAUUUACAAUUAGUUAUUAGUUUUUAUAUUAAUCUUAUAUUAAAAGACAAAUAUUUUUUAGUAAAAUCAAUGAAGAAGUCCCUUACAUGGAACUAAAUCAAUUGACUUUCUAAAAAAUGAUUCCAGUGCAUUUAAUAAUUGUAUAUAUUUAUAUCAAUUAAUAAGAAACAAAAGGAAAAAAAUAUAACGCUUUUCAGAUUGUGGAUAAAAUGUAAUUCUAUCUCUUAUAAUCAAGUUGAAUAAGAUUGCAAUAGAAAAAGAAGAAUUGUAUUGUGAUCUUAUGCUUAUGGUUAUUCUGAAAAGUGUUCAUAUGUGCGUGUAUGCGGAUGUGUGCAUUUCAUAAAUUCCAAUAAUGAAAAAAUAAACAAUAAUGGAUGUAGAAAAUUAGUGGAUUAAAAAAAAUAAUAAUUUACGUAUAUGAUAAUCGUAUUUUUUACUUCAUAGUAAAAUAUGACGUUUAUCAUAUGCUUUGAAAAAUUUCUAUUUUGUACAGUAUUUAAGACAGGAACAAAUAUGAAAUUUUUUUACUUAAUAAAUACUUUACCUUCGAUUUUGCUACGAAAAAUAUAAAUGAGAACAACUUAUAAAUAAAUUUUGUUACUGAUGUAUUAUAUUCAUGUUUAAAUUUAAAAAUGUUAUAAAAUUUAUGGAUUUUAUCUAUAAUAUAUGUAGUAAAACUUUCUUGUUCCAUCUCAUAGCUGUAAAAAAUUUCCAGUUUCUUGUUUGUUGACUAAAUAUAAUAGAAAAAUAAAUAUAAUUUUUAUAUUGAUUAGUUGAGGUGUUGGAAAAAUAAUCGUCUGUAAUUUACUUAUAAAGUCAUAUAUAAUAUCUUCUAUGGUAUAUUAAGCAAUGAAUAAACUUUUAGAAGAUACAAAUAUAAAUAUAUAUAUAUAUAUAUAUAUAUAUAUAUGUUAUUCAUAUCAAAUUAUAAUAUGUGUUCAACAAAAUGCACACAGAUGUACAUUUUUUAAAAAUAUAAUCACAAUUAAAAUGUAAAUGUAUUGAAUAAAUUGUUAAAG